AUGGAUUGCGUGGUAGGCAUGCGGAAUGUGCAUAGCCACACCUCAAGGAAUUGUGGUGAGGUGUGUUGCCUAUGUCUUUCAUACACAUUUCCGUUUAUUUUGUUUUUGAUAAUAGUUUCUUCUACGGUGGGCUUUGAUGCGUACUUCAUAACCCUCUGCCUGCGGUAUAACAGGGACUGGCGCACGGCUGUUUCGGUGCUUUUCAUGGUGGUGGGCACUGCCGGGGUCGCAAUGCUCAUGUGGGCAUUUAUAGGUGUUCUCACGACGGCCGCAGGGUAUGUCCCUUCCUUACCCUGGAAAUAUCCUCCAACAUAUGUUGGUGAGAUGGCGGGUUUUCGACCCCCUACUCAACCCAAUUCGGAAGGUUUCAAUCCUUACUGCGUCACCCAGCUGGAUCGCACAAAAAGGCUGCGGUACUGCGUACCAUGUGGUCAGUAUAAGCCGGACAAUGCAUACCAUUGCAACUUUUGCUCGCGCUGCACAUAUCAGUUUGAUCAUCAUUGCCCUGCCGUAAACAACUGCAUCGGACGCGAGAAUUACAAAAUUUUUGUUACGUUCCUUAUCUACACUGGGUUAGUUUCUUUUUUAAAUACUGUUUUGAUGCUGAUCGGUUUACUUGUUUUAGAUAGUGGCGAGAGGUUCGUCUUAUGGUUUGGGCUUCCCUUGUUUAUGGCUCUUUUGGGUUCCAGUGUUUUUUUCUUUGGUAUGCUACAUGUGUGCUGGAGCUAUCGUGGGGAAUCGACCAUGUCGCGACACGUUGCCUUAUUCAAUCGGGAGGAAGCGAUGGCGCAGGAUAGGCAACAAGCGGAUGAAAAGCGACGUGCUCACUGGGAUGCAGUGUUGGGGACAGACAGACGGUGGUGGCGCAUGCUUCUUCCAAUGAGGGCCAGGUGGUUGAACACUGAGGCUCUAGUUUGA